CAAUUUGGUUCUGUAAUCACAGAAAAAUGCACCACGCGAGCCUCAAAAACACGGUUUAAGAAAAAAUGGCCAGAGUGGCUGCAAGAUACUGAGGAAGGGCUUUUAAGAUUUAACCCCCUCCCCCCCAAUCCACUAAUUCCAGCUCUUGAGUUUUGCCAGUAGCUCUCUGGGACGAGUGUCUGUCCAGAUCACCCGCCCUUCUCUAGAUCGGGAAAUGGGUGGAUGGUUGGACUGGCUGCCGGUGAGGGUGGUGGGAUGGGUGGGGAGAGAGAGAAGGGAAUAUGCUCGAUCGUCUGGUACCAAUACACCGGCCCUUGGGAAGUGAUAAGGAAGUGAUAGGGAGGCCAGGGGGCCAAGCGCUCUGUAACUCCUGGCUGGAAGGACCCCGAGAGCAGGUCUACUUCUCAUCCUCAGGGUCUACCCUUCCUGUCCCAGGAAACCACCCGCGGUGACCACCCAAAUCAAAAAGACCUCCACAUGAGAGAAAAGGGCAUCCUAGAACGUUUAAAUGCCGGAGAGGUUGUGAUUGGAGAUGGAGGGUUUGUCUUUGCACUGGAGAAGAGGGGCUAUGUAAAAGCAGGUCCCUGGACCCCAGAAGCUGCUGUGGAGCACCCAGAAGCAGUUCGCCAGCUGCAUCGGGAGUUCCUGAGAGCUGGAUCAAAUGUCAUGCAGACGUUCACCUUCUACGCAAGUGAAGACAAGCUGGAGAACAGGGGCAACUACGUUUUAGAGAAGAUAUCUGGCCAGAAAGUCAAUGAAGCUGCAUGUGACAUCGCCCGGCAAGUGGCUGAUGAGGGAGAUGCUUUGGUGGCCGGAGGUGUGAGCCAGACCCCAUCGUAUCUCAGCUGCAAGAGUGAAACUGAAGUUAAAAAAAUAUUUCAGCAGCAGCUAGAGGUCUUUAUGAAGAAGAACGUGGACUUCCUGAUUGCAGAGUAUUUUGAACAUGUUGAAGAAGCUGUGUGGGCAGUUGAAGCUUUGAAAGUAUCUGGCAAACCAGUGGCGGCAACCAUGUGCAUUGGCCCAGAGGGAGAUCUGCAUGGAAUCUCCCCCGGGGAGUGUGCAGUGCGCCUGGUGAAAGCAGGAGCUUCCAUUGUCGGUGUGAACUGCCACUUUGACCCCACCAUUAGUCUGCAGACGGUGAAGCUCAUGAAGGAAGGCCUGGGGGCUGCAGGACUGAAAGCUCACCUGAUGAGCCAGCCCUUGGCCUACCACACUCCGGACUGCAGCAAGCAGGGCUUCAUUGACCUCCCAGAAUUCCCCUUUGGACUGGAACCCAGGGUUGCCACCAGAUGGGAUAUUCAGAAGUAUGCCAGAGAGGCCUACAACCUGGGGGUCAGGUACAUUGGCGGGUGCUGUGGAUUUGAGCCCUACCACAUCAGGGCAAUUGCAGAGGAGCUGGCCCCAGAAAGGGGAUUUUUGCCGCCAGCUUCAGAAAAACACGGCAGCUGGGGAAGUGGUUUGGACAUGCACACCAAACCCUGGAUUAGAGCAAGGGCCAGGAAGGAAUACUGGGAGAAUCUUCGCAUAGCCUCAGGCAGGCCGUACAACCCUUCAAUGUCAAAGCCGGAUGCCUGGGGAGUGACCAAAGGAACAGCCGAGCUGAUGCAGCAGAAAGAAGCCACAACUGAGCAGCAGCUGAAAGAGCUUUUUGAGAAACAGAAAAUCAGAUCUGCAGAGUAGCCUCAGUAGAACCUAUUUUUGGUGGAUCCCUUGAUGUUUGGGAAAAAUAGUUAAAAAGCAGCUCUUGUAUUAAUGUCAGCCUAUACAUUCAAUUGGUAUUAGCUGAAGGAAAUAGACUUACAAAUAGCACUUGGCAAUUUUAAAAGCAUGUUUUAGAAAUUUACUUAGAAGCAAAAUAGGCACAAAGUAAAUCUUAAACAGUUUUACUAAGCAUUGACCAAGUAAAAUGUAUUAUGGAAAUCACUGCAGCAAAGGCAAAGUAAUUCCGACAUUAAUCCCACGUCAAGAAGUUGGUAGGCUACCAAGGAGGAUUGAACGAGAAUUCUAUCGGAAUAGAACAACCAGCCAGGGACAGAUAAAGUGCUAUGGAAAGUAACCUCCCAGCUCUUCUGAACAUGACCCUUUGUAAGAAACACAAUUUAUAUAAUGACACAGGAAAACAUAGCACAUAACCAUUGAAAUUAAGAGUCAUCCAUUCUUGUGUUUUCUGUUCUAUUCUUUUCCAUUGUGUUCGUUACUAAAACAUGCUGGUUAAGACCCUUCAAAUUGAUUUCUAUGACCUGUUAAUAGGUUUUGACCCACAGUUUGGAAAAUAUUGCUGUAGGACACUUAAGAUUUGAGGACCAUCCUGUUUAAGUUUAUUCUUAUAAGAAGAUUAGUCAUAUGAGACCUGAUCAAUAAGUACCCAGAGCCCAGAGUCCUGCUCUCAGAGUUCUAUUUCCUGACCCAUUUCUAUCUUUAAGAAAUAGAGACCAAUGAGAAGGAGGAAGAAGAGAUUGCUGUUCCAGUCCUCUCUGUCCUGGUCAAACUGGACCCACCUGCUGCCUCCAGACCAUAAGGCUAAGAGAAUGAACUGGUGUUACUUUGGUAGCUUGAAAAAAAAAGUAUAAUAAGAAAAAAUUAUGUUCUCGAAAGUCUAGCCAGUUUUCCUAGACUGGGAACUAUGAUAUUUUCACCUACUAUUUUAAUAUCUGCUUUCCUAUAAGAGCUCAAGCCUAAAGAUGCAAGACUAUUAGAAUAAGUACGGCCACCCUCAAUGUAUUAGAAAGAAGUGUAAGGUGCUUUCUAAAUCUUCUUGGAUUUGUUGAGCUAUUUUGAAAUUAUAAUUUUUUCAGCUAUUAAAAAUGAACAGUGAAAGACCCUUUUGGUUGAAUUUGAUUUCUAUUUUCAUUCUAUAAUUUUCUAAGUCUUGUAUGAAAUCUUAUACCUCUAUCUACCAAAUAAUAAUCUACUUCAUAAGUAUUCUAGAAUUUUAAAGGAGCAGGUGGCAAUAUGUAAAGGAAAAGGACAUUUCCAGCACAACUGUCAGAAGAACGUGGCUGAAUUGAAAUAAGAAUGUACUAACUCCACUUUUUUUUUUUUUUUUGCAAAGUUGCCAUCUACCAUCUCAUAAAUGAUGCGAAACUAUUGGACUUACCAUUCUAUUAUUGUACAAACUGCAUGCCCCUUUAAUAUCUUUCCAGAACUUUAUUGCCACCAAAAUAUCGUAACCUUUAAUGAUGCAUAUAUCCAUUGAUUUAAAAAACAUUUCCCUUAAGGCUAGGCAGGGUGAUGCACACCUAUAUUCCCAGCUACUCUGGAGGCUGAGGCAGGAGGAUCACUUGAGCCCAGGAGGUUGAGGUUGCACUGAGCUAUGAUAAUGCCACUGUACUCUAGUCAGGGUGACAGAGUGAGACUCUGUCUUCCCAAAUAUUAAUUAAAAAUUAAAAAAUAAGAAAAUAAAAAGUAUUUCCCUUAAAAGGAGCUGUAAUUGAAGAAAUUCUUAAUUAAACUCUUAUAUAUGUCAA